AUGAAGUUCUUCAGCACCGCUCUCGCCGCCUUCGCCGUUGGCUCUGCCAUGGCCGUCCCCGUCCUCGAGGCCCGCACCGUCCCGACUCCCUGCCCGUGCAGCGGCAACGACAAGUCUGGCGUCGAGGUCCCCCCCGUCGACCUGCCCGGCGCGUGCAACGCGAACGGCAUCAAGACCCCCAUCAAGAACCACCCUUCGACCGGUGACGAUGAGUCCAACGCCGGUGGCGAUGAGGUCAGCGCCGGUGCCGGUGAUGUCGUCGUUGUCGUCGAGACCCUUGUCACCGCUGUCAUCGACGUCGAGGCCAAGGUCCACGCCAACCUCGACCUGAUUGCCUCCAUCGUUGCCGACGCCAAGAUCGACGCCCAGGCCCUCCUCAAGGUUAUCGUCGACCUCGAGCUCAACCUCCAGGAACUCCAGGACUGCGUCCCCACCCUCGAUGGCCUGGUCAUCGACGCCGAUGUCGUCGUCGCCGCCGACCUCGAGGUCGUCCUUGACCUGGUUGUCCGCGUCCAGGCCCUGAUCGCCGAGGUUGAGGUUUGCCUCAAGGCCCUCGUCGUCCUCGAUGCUGACAUCCUCCUCGUCAUCGGCGCCAAGCUCAACCUCUGCCUCGGCCUGAUCGUCUCCAUCGCCACCCCCGUUGUCGACUUCGCCCUCGCUCUCGUUGCCAAGCUCACCGUCAUCGUCGACCUCAAGGUCAUCCUUGGCGAGAUCUCCGACUGCGCUGGCAAGAUCACCAACACCUGCGACGGCCUCACCAGUCUCCUCGCUCCCGUCCUCUCCCUCCUCGGCCUCUAA